GAUGCUGCAUCCUUCAAACAUGUGACAUAGACCAGACCAAUUACGAUACCGGGCUGACCCACGCCCCACACAUCAGGAGCGACUCCUCCUCUUCUUUCUCCUCCUUUCGCUCCAACCCCUCCUCCCUCUCCUUGGCCUGGAACAGCAGAUAAAUUGAGGCAGUCGAGUACAACUCGUUCUUCUCGCUGUCUGGGAGGCUGCUGAAGCUUUGUACCGUUGUUUCCUGCCGUUGUUUGAUCCAAACUUUCAGAAUGACUCAUCAGUUCCCAUCCCUCUCUCCGGAGCAGAAGAAGGAGCUCUCUGACAUUGCUCAGAAGAUUGUAGCUCCAGGAAAGGGAAUCCUGGCUGCAGAUGAAUCAACAGGAACCAUGGGGAAACGUCUCCAGAAAAUCAACGUGGAAAACACGGAGGAAAACCGCCGCUGCUUCCGCGAGCUUCUUUUCUCCACUGACCCCUCUAUCUCUAACUGCAUCGGAGGAGUUAUUCUGUUCCACGAGACGCUCUACCAGAAAUCUGACAGUGGCAAGCUCUUCCCCCAAGUCAUCAAGGACAAGGGCAUUGUUGUCGGUAUUAAGGUUGACAAAGGCACGGCUGGUCUGAAUGGAACAGAUGGAGAGACGACAACACAGGGACUUGAUGGUCUGUCAGAGCGAUGCGCCCAGUACAAGAAGGACGGCUGUGACUUCGCCAAGUGGAGGUGUGUCCUGAAGAUCUCUGACAGCUGCCCGUCAGCUCUUUCCAUUGCAGAGAACGCCAACGUCCUCGCCAGAUACGCCAGCAUCUGCCAACAGAAUGGCCUGGUGCCCAUCGUGGAGCCAGAGAUUCUGCCUGAUGGAGACCAUGACCUGCAGCGCUGCCAGUAUGCCACAGAAAAGGUUCUGGCUGCUGUGUACAAGGCUCUCUCUGACCAUCAUGUGUACCUGGAGGGCACUCUGCUGAAGCCCAACAUGGUCACCGCUGGACACUCCUGUACCACAAAGUACACCCCUCAACAGGUGGCGAUGGCAACAGUCACCGCUCUGCUCCGCACUGUCCCUGCUGCUGUGCCAGGCAUCUGCUUCUUGUCUGGAGGCCAGAGCGAGGAAGAGGCCUCCCUCAACCUGAACGCCAUCAACCAAGUCCCGCUGAAACGCCCCUGGAAACUGAGCUUCUCCUACGGCCGUGCUCUUCAGGCCUCUGCUCUUGCGGCCUGGUUGGGCAAAGCUGAGAACAAGAAAGCCGCACAGGAAGCUUUCUGCAGCAGGGCAAAGACCAACGGCCUUGCUUCCAAAGGAGAAUACAAGCCCACAGGCACAGCUGACCAGGCCUCCAUGCAGUCUCUGUACACAGCCAGCUAUGUCUAUUAAAUACUGUGAACAUUACCCCCUCCACCACUAUCACAAAAAAAAAAAUGCACAAGGACCAAAUGCUUCUCCCAGUAUGACCAACAGCAGGGAGACUUUGCUAUGUAAUAGUGUUUGUCUACGCAGUGAAAUGAAAUGACUGGAAAUAAAUUAACUGACCAAAGAA